AUGUUAUCCGAAAAAAGCAGCUCAGAACCUGUUGCGUUCGGCGAGAUGACCGAACGCGCUAGAACACCGACGGAGAGAAGCGAGACAACCAAUGUCGCAGAAAGCACAACCUCGGACUAUGUGCCGAAUAAUAUGAUGGAGGAUAUAGAGAAAUUCGAGAUCGCCCAAACGGCCACAAACGAUAUCAAAGAGAGAGACGAACAGCCUGCAGAAGACCCCAAUAUAGUGUGGUGGGAUGGCGAAGACGAUCCUGCUAAUCCGUUGAACUGGGCACCACUCAAGAAAUGGACCAACAUCAUGCUCAUCUCUGCCAUCACAUUCAUUGUUCCUCUUGCAUCGUCUAUGUUUGCUCCUGGUGUUAGCCAGGUUGCUUCCGAAUUCGGUGAAAGCAACGAAAUCCUCGAAGCCCUUGUCGUGUCGAUAUAUGUUAUUGGUCUCGCAGUCGGGCCGUUGGUGCAGGCUCCAAUGUCUGAAGUAUAUGGCCGAUGGAUCGUAUAUGCAACCUGCAACGUCUUAUAUGUGGUCUUCACCAUCGCCUGUGCCGUGUCAACCAACAUUUCGAUGCUGAUUGUCUUUCGGUUCUUCGCCGGAUGUAUGGGUUCUGCCCCAGUGACUAUCGGUGGAGGUACCAUUGCGGAUUCAUUUCCACCUCAUCAGCGUGGACGUGCGCUUUCCAUCUACACCCUAGGCCCAGUUGCUGGGCCUGCGAUCGGCCCAAUUGCCGGUGGCUUUCUGUCCGAGAGCGAAGGCUGGAGAUGGAUUUUCUGGGUUCUGGCCAUUGCAAGCGGAGUAAUUACCGUUGGCCAGAUACUCUUCACGCAAGAGACCAGUGCAGUCGUUAUUCUCCAGCGCAAAGUCAAAAGACUGCAAAAAGAAACCGGUAACAUGAAUCUCCGUUCAAAGCUUGACAGACAGAUUCCAGGCUCCGAGGUCAUCAAACGAGCAAUCGUGCGCCCAGCCAAGCUACAAGUUCUGUCUCCGAUAUCCAUUCUCAUGUCAGUGGCUACAGCUGUGGUAUAUGGAAACCUGUACCUGAUGCUGACCACCAUCACGACGGUUUUUGAAUCUACCUAUGGUUUCAACACGGGAACAUCAGGUCUGGCGUAUAUUGGGUUAGGCUUGGGCAACAUCAUCGGUCUGCUCAUGUUCUCCUUCACCAGCGACAGAUACCUCCAGCAGAAAUCCGCCAAGGGCCUUCAAUUAAAGCCCGAAGAUCGUUUGCCUUUGAUGCUUGGGUCCUGUCCAACCAUUGCCGCAGGAAUGUUCUGGUAUGGAUGGAGUGCGAAAGCAAAAACUCAUUGGAUCGUGCCUAUUAUCGGGUCUGCAUUUGUCGGCCUCGGCAACAUGUUCUUCUUCAUGCCGAUGAUGGGAUACCUGGUUGAUGCAUACACCAUCUACGCUGCCUCGGCUCUGGCGGCAAACACGGUCCUCCGUUCCAUCGGAGGUGGACUUCUCCCUCUCGCGGGGCAGAGCAUGUAUGCCGCGUUGGGAUAUGGUUGGGGUAAUUCGCUGCUGGGAUUUAUCCUCAUUGGCUUCACGCCGCUUGAAUAUCGCAUCGUGUCAAUACUCAAGGGAAAGCCUAUUCUUGCGCCAGAUGACCCAGGGCGCAGUAAUACGCCUACUCCAGAAAGCACUCGCGCAUCCACACCAGUAGUGACGUCUUCAGCAUCGUCACUAUCAGCCCCAACGAUAUCAGCACCGACACAGUCGCCUUCACCACGACCAGCUGUCAAAGGCCCUUUCGUCAACCCCAAACCAGAUGAAGUUGUUUACGAAGAUGUUGGCUCAAAACACCGGCUAAUGCUCAACAAAUUCUGCCUGUAUCGACCUAUGCUUGUACUGCCGACAAAAGAAUUUGCGCUCCAGUCCGACGAUCUAGAUGCAUCCGAUAUCACAGCAGCAUGGGCAAUCCUGCAUUCUUACCACACCUUUGAGCCAAUAGUUAUAUACAACCGAGGCGUCAACGGUGGCUCGUCACAGGGUCACAAGCAUCUACAGCUUUUCCCCGUUCCACCGUUGGCUCCGUUCUAUGGCAAAGCGGACAACCUGUGGCCAGCAAAAGCCACGUCCUCGACAGAGGUAUCUGAUAGGAUACCCCAUGUACCCUUUAAACAUUACGUAUUGCGCAUAUCGCCGCAAACAUCCGCAAAAGCGGUUGUCGAUAUGUAUCUUCGUCUGCUUCAACUGACGCGAAAAGCACAUGUUGAGGCAGGAUACGAUGCAGAUGGCGACUAUAAUGUGACUAUGACCCGAGACUGGAUUGCGGUGAUACCCCGAACGACAGCGGGGCCGUCAGACGGGCCAUUUGGUACCAGUACAGUGGGCAUGCUAGGCAUUCCAGCUAUCAGAGAUGAGCGUGAUCGAGAAAAGUGGAGGAAACUGGGAGAUGCCAAAUUUCUGGCGAAGCUGGGAAUUCCGCAGGUAAACUAA